AUGAAGACAUCACUAACAGAUUCGCAUGACGAAGCAUCGUCGAUCUCAUCAGCCAUUGGCGAUACAGAAGCCUCACUACAGAUCAUGGCAUCGAACCCGAACCAAGCUACAGAAACAAUCAAUCGAGCAACGUCACACAUCUCUGGUCCCGAUGCUUUCGAGCCAGCUGCCACGAUAGAGACUCCAGAAGGCGAUGAGCCUUACCGGGAGGCUGGUGACGAGAUCUUUGACAAGGUGUCUCGAGGACGAAAGAUAGCUAUAGUUACAGUCUUGUCGUUUGGGGCGUUUCUAUCGCCCAUAUCGAGUACAUCCGUGUUGGCAGCAACACCAGAGGUUGCGGCAACCUACAACACGUCCGGAAGUAUCAUCAAUCUGAGCAACGCAGCAUAUAUGAUUGUCAUGGCCUUGUCUCCUUUGUUCUGGGGCCCCAUGAGUCAAGUCUAUGGAAGACGUAUUGUAGCUUUAUACUCGUCAGCCAUGUUCUUCCUACUGAGUUUGGCAACCGCACUGGCUCCAAACCUCGCGUCGUUCAUUGUCUUCCGAGCCGCUUCCGCGUUCGGUGGAACGGCGUUUAUCCUUAUUGGCCCAGCAUGUAUUGGUGAUAUCUACCGCCCUACAGAGCGUGGUGCAGCCAUGGGUUGGUUUCUAACCGGAACCCUUGUUGGUCCUGCCUUUGGGCCGUUCGUAGGUGGUAUCGUAGUAACGUAUUCGUCCUGGAGAAGCAUAUUUUGGUUACAGACAGCACUGGCUGCAGCUGGAUUUCUGGGCGUCUAUUUCGUUGUGACCGAAACAGCCCACCACCUCAAGAUUGAUGAUCUGAAAACUCUUUCGGGCAAGAAGAGGGCACUUACAAUCCUGAGCAUGAUCAGCCCGAUGCGAGUACUGCGGCUGUUCCAGUAUCCCAAUAUUGCCUUGGUGGCUGGCGGCAGCGCAUCCUUGACAUGGAACAUGUACAGCCUUCUAACACCGAUUCGAUACGUGUUGAACCCACGUUUCAAACUCGAGUCGCCGCUGCUCUCGGGUCUCUUUUACCUGGCGCCAGGCUUCGGUUAUCUGGCUGGAACAUUUGUGGGGGGUCAUUGGGCGGACUACACUGUGAGGCGAUGGAUCAAGAAGCGUGGCGUUCGUGUUCCUGAGGACCGACUUCGAUCUACGGUACCUUUUAUGGGUGCAAUAAUCCCGGGAAGCAUGCUGGUCUAUGGCUGGACUGUGGACCAAGAGGCUGGAGGUAUCCCGGUUCCUGUCAUUGCCAUGUUUGUACAGGGCGUUGCGCAGUUGUUUUGUUUCCCGUCGUACAACACGUACUGUCUCGAUGUGAUGCCCGGACAAGGAGCUGAAGUGGCCGCAACAAAUUUCUUUGCAAGAUACCUGGUCGGAUGCGUAGCUUCAGCGGUAGUUCUACCAGCUAUCGAGGCAGUCGGUAUUGGAUGGUUUUCCACCAUAUCAGCAGCGUACUUGAUAGUCUCAGCUCUAGCGACCAUGGCUGCAAUUCGAUGGGGAAAGUGCUGGAGAGAAAGAAGAGAGGCCAAGCUUGAGAUUUCAGGGGAGAAAUAG